UUACUAAUUUCAAACGCUUCGCAAGGCUUGUCGAUUAUAUCGGUGACAUUGACGUUGAAGGUCGAACAACGUUGAAGACUUAUUAUAACGAUACAGAGAAUUUACUCAAAUCUAAUUUAGUUAUUUCAGCAUGUAAACAUAACAGGGUUGAAAUUCUCCUAUAUAUUUUUGGUAGUAGAAAGGUUUUCGAUUGUUUAUGUUUUAAUGUCGACGAUAAUCAUACCGUAUCACCUUACGAAAAAGACGACUCUGGUCAUGAUGCAUUUUAUUAUGCUGUACGUUCUGGUAAUGCUCAACUGGUCGAUAUUCUUAUCAGUAAAUGGCCCGGUGAUUAUUUCGCUAAUCGUUCGGAUGAGUUAGAUGAGGUUCUUGCUAGAGCUUACGAAGAGCUAAAGUUGAAAAAUGUACCAUUGUCGGAGGAGGUGGAGAUUUUCGUUGAGAACAAAUUGUUGAGUCUUCGUUUCUUUUCUAAUUCGUCAGGUCAGGUUCAACCCGGUGGUAAAGGCGUUCUUAGUAAUAUCAAAGAACGAAUCGAUUUAGUUCUCGAUAAUAUAGAUUUGCUCAAGUGUGAGUAUUCGAAUGAGGAGAAAGUUGAUGAGAAAUUUUUAUUUGUUGCUCGAUUUAUUGCUCAAAAUAUUCACGUGCUUAAACGUCAGUUGAAAUUAACCUACGAUCGAUUACCUUGGGAGGAGAUUGAAUUUUGUCUGGUUAGUUUUGUUUCUUCUUAUAUGAAACAACAGGAGAUUAAUCUUUUCUAUCGUGCUAUAUUAACUAAAACUAAAAUGCUUGAGUAUUUGGGUAGUUUCGCCAAGAAACUCGAAUACGAUAAAGCUGUCAUUGUAGACCGACCUGAUUUUUGGACCCUCGCCGAAUUCCCGAAUUUGAAACGUGAUCAAGUUGUAGCCGAGAUGGUCAAGAAUAACCCCGAAUUUGAAGAGUUGUUCAACGAUUACCAACAAAUACGAGAUAUUCAUUCGCUUGAGACCAUCAGCAGUUACUUGAACUUAGCCUUGUGUGCAGAUCCUAAAGAACGAGAAGGCCAGCUAAUCAUUACUCGAGCUUUGCAAGUUAUUGGCGAGUACCUGAAGAACACUCUGGAGUCUCCAAAGCUAUCGAAUACAACAGCUGAACAUAUUUUAUCAUUAUUAUCCGAAGUUACCCAAAAAGUAAUCAUUGAUUUACGUAAUUCGCUGUCGCAUUCGUAUUCGCUUUUCAAGAGAACGGAAAUCGAAGAAAAUCCAGAUGUUGGCUUCUUCAUCGGUGUACAAAAUGAUUCGAAAAGGAUCUACGAUGUGAUCACCGAGAUUCUGUAUAACACUAAGAUUAAAAUGGUCAAAGCCUUAUUAGACAGAAUUAUUGAUAGCAAACAUCUAGAUGUGGUGGAAAGCAUCAUCGGAGUGUUGAGAUACGUUAAAGUAGACAAAUCCAAUACUGAUGAGUUCAAAAUGACGGAACACGAGAACCUUGAGAAACGUAUCCAAGAGUUGAACGAUGCUAUUCCUACAAAAACAAAACACGAGGAGGAGCUGUUUGAUAAAAUCAACUUUAAAAUGAAGCUUGCUAAGAAUCAGUCGAUUAACAUCAGAGCUGAUUAUAAAACUGUAUUCAAUAUAUUUAGAAUGGCGAGUGAAUGCUUAACUGAAAACAAUCUCGAUGCUAAUUAUAUCAAGGCGAUCAAACAUACUGCAAAAGAAGCUUUGAAAGCUUUAAUUCCCCCUAUGGAAUCUGGCAGCCUGAAAGAGAUCAUUGUCCUAUCUUACGAUAUUUUGCAUAGCGCCUACUGCAGAAUGGAAGGCAAUGAUCGGAGUAAUGUGAGACGUAUUCAACGAGAGCUGUUUUACGUUGCCGAAUACAGAUUAACCGACAUUAAAUCGAUCGAAAAACUACGAGAAAAGUUGUAUGAUAAAAGUUCUUCUAUGCCUGUUUCUAGUCAGAAGAAAACUGACAAUGUUACCGAAGGAAAAUAUGAUAAACAGCUUGUAUCGAAGUUAUCCGAAUUGAAAACCAUUUUAAGGAAUAAUCUACCGAGCAGUGAAUUAAUGCAGAAGCUGCCAUCUUUCAAGAGUAAUAAAAAGUUCCAAGCUGUCGUUGAGAUGCUGGUUUUGGAUAUCAUGUCGAUUCUAGGAAGAUCUGAAAGACAUCUCGAGAACAAUCUGUUUUUUCUAGACGAUAAUUCUCCUCUGUUGACUGGAAAGUGUUUACGUAAUCAUCUUGCUCAUGGUAAUAUUCUGCUUGAUGUGUUGCUGUCUGAUCCCUCCAGUGCACUGAUCUUGAAUGCUGAAAAACUCAUCUCCGAGAACGUCGCCAUAAGUAAACGGAAAGUUGGCAAAUUGGUCAGAGAUGAUCCGUCCAAGUUGAAAAGUAGGUAUGAUCAGAGCCUCAUCUUGAUCACCAACCAGAAGAAAAUGUUUGCCGCUUUAGAACAGGGUGAUUUGGAUGAUUUUAAAAACUAUCUUCAAAAAGGAGCGGAUAUCAAAGCCAGAAGUAUCAAUUCAUGGACAUCAUUACAUUAUGCUGCUGCUGGACCUAGUCUUGAAGCAGUGAAAUUGAUUCUCGAUCAAAAUUCCGGUUUGAAUGCCGAUGUGAAAAACACCGAUGGUCAAAGCCCUCUUCAUAUUGCUGCAGCUCGUGGCAGGAAACAUAUUGUGGAGUUUUUGAUCACUGAAGCCCAUGUACCAGUCAAUGAUCGAGAUGCGAGUCACAAAACACCGUUGCAUAUGGCGGCUAAAAAUGGUCACGAAGAUGUGGUCAACGUUCUAUUGAAAUUCAAUGCUGAUACCAAUUGCAAAGAUAACCAUAGCCAUUCAGCUUUGCAUUAUGCUGCUCAUUAUAAUCAUAUCGAUGUCGUUAAAAUUCUACUGAAGAAAGAACCCCAUCCUGAUUACAAACAGGUUGCUGGUGGUUACACGGUGCUACACACAGCUGCAGGUUUUGGCAGUCUCGAAGUAGUCGACUAUUUGAUACAAAAAGGAGCAAAUGUCAACGCAAAACACGACAGAAAUGAAAUACCUUUAAUUGAAGCUGCUCGAAAUGGUCAUCUAGAAGUAGUCAAGCUGUUGAUUUGCAAAGGAUCAGAGGUCAAUGUUAGACUCGUAGAUGGUACUACGCCGUUACACCUCGCUGCACUAAACGGCCAUAAAGAAGUUGUCGAAGUUCUUUUGAUAAAUGGAGCUGAUCUGAAUAUCAAAUGUAAAACUUUCCAUAAUACACCUUUACACAACGCCUCAAAAGAAGGUCAUCAAGAAGUUGUCAAAGUUCUACUGAAAUAUAAGGAUAACCCAAAUGUAUUCACUUUGGUUGGGUUGACUCCGCUGCAUCUUGCAGCAGAACAUGGGUAUUCAGAAAUUGCCGCUUAUCUCAUCAGACAUGGUGCUGAUUUGAAUGCCAGAGAUAUGAAUAUGUCAGCGCCGUUGCAUUUAGCCAUAGAUGUUGGUCAUAAGGACAUUGUCGAGAUCCUGAUUUCAAAUAAAGCAGAUGUAAAUGCCAAGAAUAAUGAUGGUUUAACACCUCUAUAUGUAGCUGCUACUGGUGGUCACUUAGAUAUUGUCGAUCUUCUAAUCAAGAAUAAAGCCAAAAUCAAUAAUCCAGCCUCAAACGGUGCUACACCAUUAUUUGCAGCUGCUCGUAGUGGUAAUGUUGAGGUUAUUGAACUUCUAGUGGAAAAUAAAGCCAACGUUAAUGUAAAACAGAACGAUGGUAUGACAGCUUUGCAUAUAGCUGCUGUAAGUGGCAAUGCAGAAGCCGUUAUUGCUCUAUUGAAACAUACAGCUGCCGUGAAUUGCAAAAAUAACCUUGGUUUUACUCCGUUGCACAUAGCUGUGGAACAAGGUCACAAAAAUGUCGUCGAAGUUCUGAUUGAAAAUAACGCUGAUAUUCACAUUACUGGUUUGGCAUUAGGUAAAGGACAAGAAAUUGAUCGUUUGAUUGCAGUCACUACAUUAGCUUUAGCUGUGAAAGCUGGUCAUACAGAUAUUGUUGAGAUUCUAUUGGCAAGCGGAGCCGAUGUUAAUACCAGAAGUUUGGGCGAACCAGUUCUAAUCCCAGCUGUGAAAUGGAAUCACAAAGAAAUUGUCAAAAUUCUCUUAUCUCAUGGUGCUGACAUCAACGUAGAUAGAGGCCAGCCAUUAUCACUUGCAGUAUUAUCUGGGCAUAGAGAAAUUGUCGAGAUCCUGUUGCGAAAUGGAGCUCGUGUGGAUAUUAGAUUUGAUGAUGAAGAUAAUAGCUUUUUGCAUGUGGCUGCCAAACGAGGUAUUAAAGAGAUCGCUGUUGCUUUGGUUAAACAAGGAGCUGAUGUGAAUGCAUUGGACACUGUAAAUAAAUCGCCAUUGUAUAUCGCAGCUCAAGAAGGUAAUGAUCAAGUCGCCGAAGUCUUAAUUGCAAACAAAGCGAAUGUUAACGCCGUCAAUAAGCAUGGAACUGCGUUGCAUAUGGCUGCCGGAUACGGUCACGAGAAUAUGGUUGCUCUGUUGUUGAAAAAUGGAGCUAGGACUGAUGUCAAAGAUAGUUUGAAUAGAACACCUUUAGUAAUGGCUGUUAUUCGUGACCAGUUGCGAAUUGUUGAAAUGUUGCUACAGCAUGAAAAAGUCAAUCUAAACGCUGAAGGCAGCGGCGACCUGACAUUAUUACAUCUUGUUGCGCUUCAAGGUAGCUUGGAACUUGUCAAAUACCUCGUGAGCAAAGGAUGUGAUGUGAACGCUCGAAAUAAUAAUGGUUUAAAGCCUAUACAUGUUGCAGCCUCAGAAGGGCAUAAAAAUAUAGUCGAAUUUUUCAUCAACAAAGGAUUGCUUGUUGAUGAGAUUAGUUCAACUGAUUUCACAACGCUGCAUCACGCUGUAAUGAAAGAUCGUUUAGAGGUAGUCGAAUGCUUGAUCAAGCUAGGUUCCAACGUUAAUGCUAGAAGUGAACAUGGCCUUACUCCGAUGCAUUUUGCUGCCACUCUUGGUUCCAUGGAUGUUGCCAAAGUUCUACUGGAGAAUGGCGCAGCGUACAACCCAGUUGAUAAUUCCUCCAGAAAACCUUGGAGUGUAAUCGAUGAAAAAAGUAAAGAAGUCGCCAAUUUACUGCUAUGGACUGAGAAAUUAUUUGAAGCUGUAAAACACAAUUGCUCAUCGGAUGUGGAGAAUUAUAUCAAGUCAGGAGCGUUUGUCAAUGCUCGAAAUUCCAAUACAGAAACAACUCCGCUUCAUUACGCUGCGUGGAAAGGUUGUGAUAAAAUUGUCAGUAUUUUGAUUCAGCAUAAAGCCAAUCCUAACGUGGUUUGCAGUCAGGGAUUUACCCCUUUACAUUACGCUGCCAAAUUCUCGCAUCUAGAAAGCAUCAAAGUCCUAUUGCAUCAUGGUGCCAUCUACAACGCUGUUUCAAAUAGUGGUAAAACACCUUUGGAUUUUAUAACAGAUACAAAUAUCAUCAGCUUAUUCAAACUUAUCAACGACUCGUUCAAGAAGAUUAGAAGUGGUAAUCGUGAAAUUAUCAACGUUCUGAAUAAAGUAAAAGAUGGCGAAACGCUGAAAGCUGUAAUGAAUGCUCGUAAUAGGGAAAACAAAUCCCUCAUAGCUGCUGCACCGCCUUCACUGGCCAAACAGUUGAAAGAGGUGCAAGUAGGUGAUGUAGCAGGUGGCAUUGACUCUGCUUUAGUGCUUCUGAGUGGUGGUUAUCUACAAGAAGGUCUCAGUCUUAUCGAAAAAAUUUACGAAAAAAGUGAAAGUGUCCUAGGUCCGGAUAAUCCUGGCACUUUAGAUAUUCGUAAGAAUGUAGCCAAAGCAUUAUACAAACAAGGUAACUACCAGAGCGCUCUAGAUACGCUUGAAGAAAUCCUAGCCAAACAGAAAGAUUUGUUGGGUUGGAAUGAUCGAGCUACUUUGGAUACCAGAAGUUUUAUCGCGUUAAUUUUGCAAAGACAAGAAAAAAACCAAGAAGCUUUGGAUAUUUUUCAAGAAGUUCUUCCAAAGCAAAGAGAAUUACUCGGAUUGAAUCAUGACGAUACUCUUCAAACUCGUAUACAUAUGGCCGGAGCAUUAGAAAGACUGGAUAGAGACGAAGAGGCCUUAGAUAUCUAUAAAGCAGUUUACGAAAACAGACGGAAUACAGUAGGAGAAGAUAACUUGAUUACUAUAAGCGUUCGUAAUAAUAUAGCGAUAAUUCUUAGUAAACUUGGUGAACACGAAGAGAGUCUGAGAAUUUACAAAGAGGUUUUCGAAAAAAAGAAAUCGGUGUUAGGUAUGAAUAACGCGGAUACGCUGAGAACGUUGCAAUGUAUGGGUGCCACACUCUGCCAGCAGAAAAAAUAUGAAGAAUCUUUGAAAACCUAUCAAAAAGUUUUAGAUCAUCAGAAAAAAUCGUUGUCUCCGAACCAUCCAGAAAUUUUCAAUACUCAGAGUAUGCUAGCGAAUGUUCUUCUCAUGCAAGGUAAAAGGAUUAGCGCGUUUAAAAAAUACAAAGAAUGCUUCGACCAAAUGAAAGCUGUCUUUGGUCCGAAUCACCCGCUUGUGUUGGGUGCUUUGCAAAAUAUGGAGAACAUUAAUAUCGCAUUCAAAUAUGAAGGAAUCAACGCAACGGAAAUGUUGAACUAUUUGCCGGCUGAUGUAAACGCAGCUGCUAGUAAAGGAGAUCUACGAACCGUCGAACGUUUACUGCAAGAUGGAGCUGAUGUCAGCGAUAAAGAUAUCGAAGGGAGGACUCCCUUACAUUUCGCUGUAAACGGUGGCCACGUAGACGUCGUGAAUAUGUUGCUGAGAAACGAAGCCGACGUUACUUCUACUACUAAUAAAGGUAACACAACUUUACAUAUGGCGGCUUCUAAAGGCCAUAAAGAAAUCGUCGAGAUUUUACUACAAGGAGUCGUACGCGAUCAAUUGAACGAAUUCAUUAACGCCAAAACUAUUUCAGCCGGUACUACGUCACUCCACGUUGCAGCUAAAAGCGGCUUCAUAGAGAUCGUUGCAUGUUUAUUGAAACAUGGUGCUACUUACGACGCGAAGAAUAAAGAAGGUAAAACACCGAUCGAUGUUUCGACUGAUGAAAAAACCGUCAAAUUGCUGAAAUUAAUCGAAGAAUUGUUUGAAGGUGCGAAAAAAGGCAGCGCCGAGAUUAUAAAUAAACUUAAAGCAUUGAAACCAGAUGAGUUUUCAGCUGUGACGAAUACUCGUAAUGCUCAGAAUCGUGGAUUAAUGCAAGUUGCUAUCGUCAAUAAAAAUAAAACUAUCGCUAAUGAGUUGCUGAAGGUGUUGAAGAAAAAUUGACGUGUUUCGAAAUGUUUUUUUAUCGUUUAUUUAGGGAGUGGAGUUGGAAUUCGCUGAUUUAAGCUGUUGAAUAUCAAAUCAUACUUAUCGAAAUGGUUUACGCCGAAUGUUUGGUUGAUCGGAUAUUGAAUGGUUCAAAAAGCAAAGUUGUAGGUGGUUGAAGAAAAGUUCAAGUGUUUUUAUGGAAUUUUUUUUAUUCUAUGAUAUAGUAUGAUGAGAUUUUAAAACUAUCAUUCACGAAUGUCUUGUUUUAAAUGUAACAUUCAUUUUUGCUCAUCCUCUUCAGUUCUAGGUUCUCACGAAGCUAUUACUCUUCAGCACCUAGUUGUACUCAAAUUUUCAAAGUUCAACAUCAAAUCACCAAACACGCUUGAAAAAAAAAUUAUCUGAAUAUAAUAGUAACUAAUUGAAAGCAAUCUCAAGAUCAAAAACAAGUUUUUCGUUAUUAUUCAAACAUGAUUGUUGAACUAGAAAUGAAAAAAAUUCUCUCCGCUGAACAAAAGCUAAAUUCAUUGGGUUCAAACUCGUAAAAAAAUUGAAAAAUUCUCUCUGUUGAAAAAAAAUCAUAAUUGUGUUUGGGUUGAACUUUGAAAAAAAAAAUGAAAAAUUGAUCAAAGUUUACCAUACUUACCCUAUUUUGAUUGUUUUUUAAUUUAUUUUUUUUCAAUUUUAAUUUGUAUUUUUCAUCUUGAGCAAAAAAUGUUAUUGUAAAUUUUGGCGAAUGAGCUUCAUCUUACUGAAACAUUGAAUUAAUUUUUUUCUAGUUUUUUUUUCGUUAUUUGAAAUUUUGAAAUUAUAUUGCGAAAUCGUUUGUUCUAACUUGCUCAUGUCAUGUUGCAGAGAUACAUAAAUAUCCUCAUAAGUUAGAUGAGAUACCUAAUUCGAAAAAAAAUUAAUAAUUCAACUCAGAACUUAUGUACAAUGAUGCAAUUUCUUAUGAUCUCAACAAUCAAGUGAAUCAAUGGAAACUCGUCUUAAAAUUUUUUUCUCAUGAGCAUAACGUGAUUUUUUAGUGUUCAUCAUGUUUAUUUUCAGCAUCUCUAUUCUCCUCGACAUAUGAUACAUUAUAUUUUUAUUCUUAACAAAACUCGAUUUUUCAAAAAAACUACAUACGAGUACAAGUUCUUGUUGUUGUUACAAGUAGUUGAGGUAAGUGAUCUCAAAUGUAUGAAAUUAGUCGACUGCAUUUUGGUCUUUUUUCGUAUUGUAAAUUUUUUUAUACUUACUUAAUUACCCUGUUGAACAUUUUUUUGUUUUGAUCGUCGAAUUGCGUGAUGUUUAGAUUAUCUUAUAAGUACUUGAGCAGGUAUUAUUAAAAAUAUUCAUUUUUACACUUCAAUUUUUGUUUUCAGUUUUUUCCCUCGUAUAUUUUAAGUACGUAGUUAGGUUAGGUUUAGUUUGAUAUUUUGUGAACGUUGAUUUUUAUAUAAGGGUUUUUUUACGUACUUGAAUAAAAUCAAAUUUUUUAUUCAAAAUGGAAACCGAUUUUAAAUAAUCGAAUUCUUUCCUACAUACCUGAAAUGUGAUGCAGCUGCAGUAGGUAUUACGUUUAGAUUCCGCUCUUGAUUAUUAUUGAAAAUAUUCGUUUUUAAUCUUCAGUUUUUGUUUUUAGUUUUUCUAGUUCUAGUUUUUUUUUUUUUUAAUUUUGUAUUCGAAGAAGGUUGCUGUUCUAUGUGUUUUCCUAUUGCUUUUUCCUUUAAAUAAUUAAAAUCAAUUUUUUUUUUAUUCAAUUCGGAGAUACUGCUUUGAUUACCUACUUGAUGAUCAAUACUUUAUUUUAAGUCAUCGAAUUCUGAUUCUUUACUAUUUGUAAUUUGAUGUUGUAUUAUGUUUAAAUUAUCAAGCUGAUUCGAGUAUUAUUAAAAAUAAUUAUCUUUUAUAUGUAGGUACCACGGUUUUCUAUUUUUAUAAUUUUAUGUUCAAAGGAAGUUUAUAUAAUUUUGUAAGCGUUGAUUUUCAUUGUUUUUUUCUUCCGUAAAUAAAAUCAACAUUUUUUAUUCGAAAGUA